ACUUCCACUAUAUGGAUUUCAAUAUCAACAUUAUUUCACUUCAAUCAAAACUACACAUUUUGAGCACCAACCUUGCCAUCAGCAACUCUAAAUAGCUGAAUCUCCAUGCAAUGCCACUCAUAGAAAGCUCUCAUUGAUCUCAUAUACUUGCUCAAGAUAGUACAUUAUACUAAUUGCAUUUAUAGGCACCCUCUUGAGUUUUCUUUGUUUCCAAACACCUGUUUACCAUAUUUUCUUAUAACUCAAUCACAAAAAUGGCUAGUGUGAAGUCCCUAGCAUAUUUUGCCUUGCUUCUUCUUGUUACUUUUGCUAUUGUCUGUGGGAGUAGGGUGGCAAGAAAAGACUUGGGUGUGGAUCUUGGUGGUGUAGGAGUUGGGGUUGGAACUGGUGUAGGCUUGGGCUUAGGGAGUGGAUCAAGUGGUUCAGGAGCUGGAUCCGGGUCUGGAUCAGGGUCUAGUUCUGGGUCAAGUUCAGCUUCAUCAGGAUCUGGGUCGAGUUCUGGGUCUGGUGCAGGUUCUGAAGCAGGUUCGUAUGCCGGGUCCUACGCUGGGUCUAGGGCAGGGACAGGUUCUGGAAGCAACAAGGGACGCGGAGCAGGAUCUGGAUAGGGUCAAGGUCAUGGGCAAGGUUCAGGAGAAGGGUCGGGAUCUGGAUCGGGAUAUGGUAAAGGCAGUGGUUACGGGUCAGGUUAUGGUGAAGGGAAUGGUUGCAACUAAGAACAUGUCAUCCUAACAAUAAAAAGUAAAAUAUUUGUCACCCUUUUUUGUGUAUAAAUAAGUUGAAUGGUGAUUGUUAUCAUGAGAAUCUUGUAUUUUAUUUUCUUUGAAUCUAUUUCUCGAUCUUAUGAAUAUUAUCUAGUUCAAAAGCCUUUAUGCUUUGUAUCAAUAAUAUAUAUA